AUGCAAAGUUACAAGAAGGUAUUUUUUCAGAACAAACACCAAACUGCAAUGAGUUCUUUAAAUGCGAGUUUUCACCAGAAUAUCUCCAUUGUUCAUCCUGAAUACUUUUUCAUCAUUGGACUUUCAGGUAUACCUUACAGCAGUUAUUACUAUAUAUUUUUAUUUAUUGUUUAUUUUAUUACUAUGAUUGGGAACUCUGUAGUUCUUCUCAUUAUUGCUCUUGAAAGAAGUCUGCACAGUCCAAAGUACUUUGGUGUGUUUAACUUGGCCUUGUCUGAUCUUGGUGAAACUAAUGCACUAAUUCCUAACAUGAUGAAGACUUUGUUAUUUGACUCACGGUACAUCUCCUACAAUGCUUGUUUAGUGAACAUGUUUUUUGUGUUUCUCUUCAGUUCCAUGCAGAGUUUCACUCUUGUUGUUCUGGCAUAUGAUCGUUUGAUUGCCAUUUGUUUGCCCUUAAGAUAUCAUUCUCUUGUAAACAAUACCACUAUGAUUUGUAUUUUGUCAGCAGUUUGGGCAUUUAAUUCUUCAGUUGUGGGCUUGAUGGUGUUUUUUAUUAACCAACUUUCUUUCUGUGAAUCUAUUGUGAUACAGAGUUAUUUUUGUGAUCAUGGACCAGUGUAUAGGUUGGCAUGUAAUGACAGUAGCAUUAAUAAGAUGUUUGCGUUUCUCAUCUCAGCUUUAUACAAUGUAGUACCAAUGAUCCUUAUAGUUCUUUCAUAUAUGGGCAUUUUUCUCGCUUUAAUCAAAAUUACAACUUGGCAAGGACGUUUAAAAGCUCUGAAGACCUGUGUUUCUCACUUGUUGUUAGUAGGAAUUUAUUUCCUGCCCAUAUGCUUCUCAUACAUUGCUGCAGUGUUGCUUUUUCUCACACCCAAUACAAGGGUCAUCAGCACAUCUCUGGCAUAUGCUAUUCCACCGAUGCUAAAUCCUAUCAUUUACGUUUUAAACACAGCUGAAAUAAAAGACAUCAUUAGAAAAAUGUUUAAAAACAGAUUAGAGAACAUGUCAAAUUAG